GCACCGGCCUCACUAUGUCUGCCAUUUUCAAUUUUCAGAGUCUGUUGACUGUAAUCUUGCUGCUUAUAUGUACGUGUGCUUAUAUCCGAUCCUUGGCACCCAGCCUCCUGGACAGAAAUAAAACUGGACUAUUGGGAAUAUUUUGGAAGUGUGCCCGAAUUGGUGAACGCAAGAGUCCUUACGUUGCUGUAUGCUGUAUAGUGAUGGCCUUCAGCAUCCUCUUCAUACAAUAGCUUCAAAAACUACCAGCAUGUGAUUGCCAUCAGACUCUAAACAAAGACUUGCCUCCAGAAAAUAAUGGGAAGAGUAGUUAACCCUUUUAUCUCUGAACAAGAAAUGAGAUAAAUUUCAAGAUGCUGUUCUCUAUUUUUAUGCUAAUGGACCAAUGAGCUAUAUAAAUAAUUAAGAUGUAACAGUUUAAUACACAGGAUGUGAUUAUAGCAAUCAACCUCAGUCUGUUGCUCCAGUAUUAACUCUCAGCAAAUGUCAUUCUGUUGUCUCGGAACUGCUUUUCAUAAGGUUCUUGAGGCCAUGAAGUAGAACAAACAGUUGGUGGAUUCCACAGGCUCCUUUCACUAGGGCUUAAAAAUGUUGUCCUCAUUGAAUGAGACCUUCUAGUGACUGGCCUAUUUUUAUUGGAAAAAAUUGUUCUAUUUUUGUUGUUGUUGCUAUUCUUAUGGAUUGCAUUCAUAUUUAAACCAUUUUGAUUGCUAACCAGAAUACCUCUAUUCUUGGCAAAUUAUUACAGGUGUAAAAUAUUUUAAACAAAACCUUGCAUUUCUUUAAUAUAAUAUGGUCAAGUGUGGUCAAAGAUACAGCUGCCGUUCUCUGAAAAAGAGCAUUCUUCGAAUGGAAACCAGCAAGUAGAACAGAGUAGACUAAUAGUAUCACAUGCUUUCGUUCUCAUUCGUGUCAGCUCUUCCAAAUAGAGCACUGGUUGUAGUUAU